CUUCACUUAAUACUAAUAAUGAGAUUGCAAACCAGGAACAAGACCAAAUGGUCUUACGUCAACAUUUGGGAGUAGAUGCUGACAUGGGAAGCAUGUAUUUGGUAGCGCUCAUCGCUGGAGUUAGUGCAGCCCUUACAGUUGGAAUCGUUGCUCUUGGCAUAACAUGGUACACGAUGCAUAAUAAAACAAAAGCAGCUGCUGAUGUAGAGUAUCCUGCGUACGGAGUAACAGGACCAAAUAAAGAUAUAUCACCAUCUAGUGGUGACCGUAAGUUAGCCCAAAGUGCACAAAUGUAUCAUUAUCAACACCAAAAACAACAAAUUAUUGCUAUGGAAAAUCGGCAGGCUGAUGCAGGUAACUGUGGACUAUCUGAUGUAGAAAGUGAUGAUGAUAAUGACGAGGAGGGUGAUUACACUGUAUACGAAUGCCCCGGAUUAGCACCAACUGGCGGUGAGAUGGAAGUGAAAAAUCCAUUAUUUUUAGAUGAGACGCCAUUAACGCCAUCUACAGCAGUACCACAACAACCACAGAAAAAAAUUCCAGGACCAAAUAAAACAAGCACAACUACCGCAACCUCAACAAUUGGCGAAGAAAAGAAGUCCAAAAAAAGUAAGAAGUAAAAACACUAAUUGGAUUUGGCAACUGUUUUUAAUUACAGAAAAUAAUAUUCAAUAUGUUUUCCUAAGAUAUUUUAAAUGAUUUAGUGUAACUCAAUCAUUUACAAUACUAUAAGUGAACAUUUUUAAAUACUACAAUUUACAAAAAAUGACUGGAAUAUGAUUCCUAAUUCAAUUUGCUUGUAAUAUGCUUAUGUGUACUUCGAAAACUCUUCCUUAAUCUUUAGUAUCUUUACUAUAACCGACAAAAAGAACACUAACAUGUCUUUAAAUGUAAUCACGACUAGUAAUAUUAAUAA